AUGAAAUUCCUUCCACUCCUUCUAGCGACGACCCUCGCCUCCACCGUCUACGCCCGCACCGACCUGGAAGGCUGCAUCUCCUCCAAAACUCACAACCAAUGGAACGAAGCCAGCAUGAUCUGGUACGUCCCCGGCACCGGCGAAAUCUGCGACAUCCCAGACUGCGGCGGCGGUCGCGCCCCGCCCAAGCGUGAUAAUCCCGCUUGUCCGGGGCAGUACACCGGCACCGCGACCUACGAGCCGAGCUAUCUGCCUGGGUAUGGGCCUGGUGCGGCUGCAUCGACAAAGACGCUAGCUGCGACGGCGAGUGCGUCGACUACAGGGGAUGCGAUGACGACAAAGUCGACGGAGGCGAGUAGUCUGGUGAUUACCGCUGCGCCGAGUAUGACUGCCAGUGUUACGGCGACGAUGAAGACGAGUAUCAAGGCGGGAAACUCGUCCAGUGUGGCGUCGACAACGAGUAGUUCUGCUGGUGCUACUGAGACUGGAAAUAAUGCGGGGAUGCUUGAGUUGAAUGUAGUUGGAGUUAUGGCUGCUGCUGCUUUGGCUGUCGCGGCUCUGUGA